AAUGCGGGACAAAUACUUGUGUUCCAAUUAAGAAUUUAACGAUCUCUUUUUAUAACUUAUUUUUUUCCACUUGUUGGUGUGAGAAGAGUUGAUCAUGCAAGGAAACGAAAACCAGUUCAAGACGUUUAGCGAAAAAUCAAAGUUAUUAUUCACACCUGGUAAUGACAACCAAACUGGAAGACGAACAAAUUUCUACGACGAAGAUGCAGGACCACAACCUCAGCAGAAAGUUUCAGAAGGAUUUCAUCUCGACACCAGGAAGAUGCUGAUUGGCGUUGCCAUAGUGAUUGGGAUCGCAUUUUCUUGGGUGGGGUCAACGCAAUUUGCUCAGAGCUCAUAUUCGCCGGAUUUUAAUGCGCCGUUCUUUGUCUCUUGGUUCUCGACCUCGUGGGUGCUUGUGGUUUUUCCUGUCUAUUUUUUGCGGGCACUACUCAGAGGAAAGAAGAUAACUCAGUUUUACAGAGAAAGUGAAAGAGUCUUUGGAAGCCAAGGCCUACACCUCAGCUCACUCCUCAAAUACGUGGGGCCAUUUUGUCUUCUUUGGGUGAUAGCCAAUUACUCUUAUGUGCGAGCCCUCGGGGUCCUUCGGGCAGCGGAUGUUAGUGCUCUGUUUUCGUCUUGCAAUGCUUUUGUUUAUGUGUUCUCCCUGAUUUGGCUGCAGGAAAGGCUCGGAAUUGUUCAGAUUUCAGCAGUUGCACUUUGUAUUGGAGGUAUAGUAAUGAUGGCUUAUGCAGAAGGAUUUGCAGGACCCAACGUUGUUGGUGUAAUACUGUCUGUAACUGCAGCAAUCGGAGCUGCUUUGUACAAGGUCUGGUUUAAAAGGAUCGUUGGAGACGCUACAUUAGGUCAAGUUUCCCUGUUCCUGUCCUGCCUCAGCUUACUCAGCACUGUACUUCUUUGGCCCUUAAUCGUCAUCUUUCAUUAUACACGUUGGGAGGAAUUCAAAUGGGAAGAUAUCCCCUGGAAAUAUCUUUGUGGAAAUGCAGUUCUAGGAAUGAUAUUCAACUUCCUGAUAAACUUUGGCAUCGCUUUUACGUACCCCUUGUUCAUCUCUCUUGGCACAGUUCUCGGUAUUCCUAUCAAUGCUGUGACAGAUUAUCUCUUUCGAGGAGCAGCGUUUGGCAGUUAUAAAAUAGUUGCUGCAUUUUCCAUCGUGAUUGGUUUUUUGUUUAUGCUGUUACCAAAAGAGUUCGAAAAAACUCUGCAGGAAACAUUUUGUUGUCGGAAGAGAGAGCGGAUCUUAAAUUGAGAUUGCGUUUGUUGUGUUAAACAACUUAUGAAUGACCCUCUCCUAGGUUUUAAUAGGCCAUUUUCGAUAUAUUAAAAUUCAAACUUGGCCCUGAGGCUUGGUGGAAUUAACAAAAGAAAUCACAUCAAGGUUGAGGGAUGAAUAAUUAAUUCCUCUUGUUUUAUAUCCCCUAGCCUCGGAGCCAUGUUAGAAUUUUAAUAUAUCGGACAUGGCCUAUUGAGCGUCUCAAGUUUGGAAGGCCAAUUGCUAACUAAUCUUUUGAUUUAUUCAAUCUUAUCAUAUAUCGCAAAACUUCCUGUAACUCCUCUUGAGUGUCAUCGGAACAUUACACGAGGCUAAGAAGACCCGGUUAUGCCAGGAAUGUCCAUUGUGCAACGGCUGUCUUCAAACGAAAU